UCUUGUGGCUUGUGGUGCACAAACAUCAACAUCAGCAGUCAGCAGUAAAGUCAGCACGAAAUAGGGCUAGGCUGGGCUAGGCCUUGAUCUUGACCCGCCGGCCUAUGAUUAGAACCUCAGAAGUGCAACUGAAACCCCUAGCAAAUCACAAAAGGAUCGCGGGUAUGCAGAUGUAAACUUUAUUUACUUUUACGUUGUUUCACAGAGCUGCCUUGAAGUAUGUUUGAAAAGUUGAUACCGAGUGAACUCAUAUUGGCAGUGGGAAAGAAAUAACUCUAUUGUAUUAAAAGAUGAAUUGAUGAUCUGACGUUCUCUAUCAGAGGCAAAAGUCUUGAAUCAACCAUUCAAUCAAAAUGGAAUUCUCCUUGCCCAUGCCUCCAACAAUGGCUGAAGACUCCUUCAUAUUGAAGGAAUGGAAGCUGUUGUUAGAGAGGUUCACAACGCACCUGAGCUCAGCCUCCCCUCCUCCGCUGUCUGGUGCUCCUUACAGCUCCAGCUCCUCUCUGCUCUUUUACAUCGCUGGGCAACACUCUCAAGACUUUUUGACGUCGGUGAAGACAUUUGGGAUAGAUGUUCUCGCUCUUGCCGAAAUACUCAAACUGAUAGAGAAGGUUUGCCUACCACACUUGUUGCUGUUACUAGAGAGAUUCCGAUUUUUCACUGUCUUGCAACAAGAAUUUGAGACGGUAGGAGAAUUUUUCAGUCGAUUAAUGUCUCGUGUCGAGUAUUGUCAGUUUGGAUCGAUGAAGGAAUUUGCGGUGAGAAGCGUUUUGAAAAGUCAAAAGAUAGAUAUCAGUGAUACAAUAAUUGAGAACUUUUUUCAAGACUACAAGAUUGAUGUAGUGGAAGCCAAGGAGACUCUCUGCUUAAAUGUGAGGUCUAUCCGGUCCGAAACUGUAGCAGAAGUAGAUGGAGGUAGCCUUACGUAUUCUGAUCCGAAUGGAUGUGACAUCAACACAUCCAAUGUAGCAUCUCAGAACUGUAUUUCUGGUGGUGACGUAAAUCAGGAAAAACACCCCGCUGUUCCAAGCGUUGUUGGCAAGUCUGAUACAUGUGUCGAAGAUUGUGCGACGAAGAAAACAAAAACGAGACCUGAAAGAGUGAAAACUUGUAAGAAGGUUCUGAGAUCAAACAGAGAAAAGCUUAAGGAUGAUGAUGUGAAAUACUUUGGAGAACAUGGUACAAAGUCCCCUAAAUGUGAAGAACUUAAAAAGCCACGGCACAAGAAAAAGAGCAAAGCAAUUUCUUUCAGUUCUCCGUUGACCUUACCUGCUGUGGAUGAAGUCUCACAGGCUGAAGUGAGCUCCUUUCUUUGUUCAGAGACCAGUGACAAAAAUGAAUCAAAACCAGAAGAGAAAACGAGGGAGGGAAGUAUCGGUAACAAAAAGGAGAGGUUUUGCUGCGAGCUGUGUGGUCGUGAGUUUUGCUUUCCAAAGAAACUUCAACGCCACAUAUUAGAAGAACAUUAUGAUUUGAGAGACAGCUUGUGUCAGAAUUGUGGCAGGCAUUUUCCCGAUCCAGAAGACCUAAAGGUGCAUGUGCUGGUCCACUCGGCUGUGAAAGAGCUUGCCUGUCAGCACUGUCCCAAAACUUUUCGGUGGAAGGCUGCUCUCAACAGACACGUGAAGAGACACUUCAGCAGGCGAGAUUACCAGUGUGAGGUAUGUGGGAAGUCCUUUGUCGAUCAAUAUGGGUUAAACGUUCAUAAGCGUAGACAUGAUCCGAACUUCACAAAGCCGUACAAGUGUCUGUAUUGCCAGAGGACUUUCUUACAAAAAUGCUUUCUGAAAAAUCACUUGCGAACGCACACUGGCGAAAAGCCAUUCACUUGUGAAGUUUGCGGCGUGUCCUUUGCACAUUCAGGCACUCUUCAGAUUCACAAACGAACUCACAGCGGAGAGUUGCCGUACGUGUGUAAAGUGUGCGGGAAGCGAACCAGAUCGGCCGCCGACCUGACCAAACACAUGCCGGUGCACACCCGAGAGAAGGCGUACACCUGCAAGGAAUGUGGCAAGGGAUUUCCGUACCAUGCAGGGCUGGCGCAGCACCGCGUCAUUCACACGGGGCAGCGGCCUCACGUCUGUAAAAUCUGCGGCAGCUCCUACAUCUUCCCCAGCGGCUUGAGGCGGCACAUGAAAAAACACUCUGAUGGGUCCAAGACUAGGAACACCAGGGUUCCAAAAGUUUUCCCAACGUUUCUUCCGAACGAAGGUGAGAGUAGGUCGACUACUACAUAUCCUACCUCCUAUGUGUACGCAGACACAUCUACGUGGUCUGAGUGUAAAACAGAUAUCUGAUUCUUGGAUACCUACGGAAGACAUUGCUCUUGUGUUCAGUGGUGUCUCCAUCCCCACCCCCUCGGCAUCUCCCAACCUUCUUUCUCAUUCAAAAUCAAGUUACUUAAAACUCUGUAUUGGAAAGAAAUUAGUGCCUCAUCCUGCUGUCUUCUUUUCACCUUACGAAGAGGUUGAUUUCUGUAGGUUGCAUCAAAUGUGUCACAACGCAGUGGAUUCAGGCGCUCGUCAGUUUUUGGCUCUAUGGAGUUAUUGGAAUCAUCUUAAAACCUGUUCAUUUGCCUUCCUUUUGCUGAAAAAAAUCUUCGUCUAUUUCGAAUAGAAGUCGAAAUAUUUUUGUAAUUGAUGGAGGUGGGGGCCACCUAGUUUCAGAGGUAAAAUUAGUGAGAAAAUGGCAGCCAAAGAUGAGUAAUUUACUUAGGUAGAGAGUCUGUAGAAACGGAAAAUUUACACUUUUUUGUGCCUUUUACCAACGUUUUUCAGUAAAGUUCACGCAGAAAUACGUUCUUAAUUAGGCAUGAAAGAUGUUAAACCA